GGAGCUUCUUAUUGGUCCGCUGAGUUCCGGCGCGAGUGCAGAUUGAAAACAGCGCCGCGCUCAAACUGAGGCUCUUUUUCUUUUGAAUUCAUAAACGAAGAGAAAGUCAAUAAGAGCGCGACUUUAGUUUAGAUCUUAUUCAACUGUUCGGCUCGUGUUCGGUUCACUGGAAUUUGGUUCCGCUAGUGAAGCUAACAAAGCUAACUGUCUCAGCGGAUGCGGCCCGAGCAGGAAGCUAACGCGGCUAACUGACGUCAGCGGGCGAUUCCAGGUGAAGUGACCGAGCAGAGGUGCUCUCUGACGGGCAAAGCGGGAUGAGCUGCCCGGUGAAGCUCCAGGCUCUGCCGCCCGGCGUAUUUGAGGAGGUGUUUACCCCGGAGAACGUGAGAGGAAGAACCUCCACAAAUUCUCUGAGUUUCCCCAAAUCCAGAUUAUCUUUAUGGGAUGGUACCGCCACAGGAGAUAAGCUCCAGCUCCAGCUCUGCUCACGCAGGAAGCCCCGGGUGGUUCUCUUGGAGAAAGCGCUGCGUCUCGCCCAGCGCCAUGUCCGUCACAGCAACAAGCGCCGGCUCCACUGUUUCUUUCUUGGAUCAGUGUCUGUGAACGCAGAUGAAGCGGGGCUCACGGUGACUCUGGAACGCUUUGAUCCGGGUCGGGACCAGACUGGAUCCUCGGCCCGGGUUCCCUCAGCUCUGUUACCUGGAGACAUCCUGGUUCCUUGUGUGUUUUCCACUGAGCCGGAGACGACACCCAACCCUGUGGUCCAAUCAGAGGCUGAGCUGCAUCACUGCAUAAAGGUGUUGCAGCAGUGUGUGAGCAGCAGACAAUCCCUGGAUUUGUCUCAGUUGAUAAAGGUCAGAGGUCGUGUGGUCAGCUGUCAGCAGUGUGACGCGGCAUCGUUCAGUCUCAGCUGGUCGGCCGUGUGUCCGUCCAUCUGCAUGGACGUCCAGUCUGUCCGUGCCGUCCCCAUCAUCCCCACCGCUCUGCUGAGAAGUCUGACCGGCACCAGCCGCUCGCUGCAGCCCGCCAUCGGCCGCCAGAGAGGGUUUUUGACCAUGGAUCAGUCCAGAAAACUGCUGCUGCUGCUAGAGUCUGACCCCAAAGCUGUGAACCUGCCACUGGUCGGACUGUGGCUCAGUGGAGUCACACACAUCUACAACCCUCAGGUUUUCGCCUGUUGUCUGAGGUUCCUGUUUAGCUCCGCCCUUCAAGACAGAGUUCUCUCAGAGAGUGGCUGCUUCCUCCUGGUUCUGUUCUCUGAAACUCAUAGAACUCCUCAGUUCUUCCAGUGUCGACCUGGUCCUGGUCCUGGUCCUGUUCCUGGACUCCCGCUGGACUGUGAGCUCCUGACUGGCUUCCAGUCCAUCACACUCUACCAGCAGGUGGCGCCAGUGGAUGGUCAGACUCUGCAGUGUGAGCUGACCAAAGCUCAGGGCAGACACAUGGAGAUCUUCAGAGACGCUCAGAGCUCCUUCAACAGCGCCCCCCCUUCAGCUACUGGUCUGUCUGUCAGUGAUCAGGACUCUGGAGUAGAGGAUGAGGACCUGUCUCCGCGUCCGUCCCCGAGUCCUCACCCUCCCGCUUCACAGACACGCAGAGUUCAGCCGUCGGUUCCUGAACUGUCUCUGCUGAUUGACAGCAGCUUCACCUCCAAUCACUGUGGCUCCACCCACACACUCGCCCCUGACAGAAAGUGUGCUCCUCCAAACAGAAACACCUCAUCCUCCUCCCCCUCCCCAAUUCUCAGACCUGCUCCUCCUCCUCACCUCCACAGCACCCCUAACCCCCACCUGCAGCAGCCUUGCUCUUGCUGCUCUGCCCACAGUUGCCAACCCACCACCAUCGUCUCCUCCCCCUCAGCCGUGGCCUCCUCCCCCACCCUCCCUCCUACUGCCUCCUCCCUCCUCUCCCCACAGUGUGAGGACCCCUCCCCUCCUGCAGACCUCGUGUCCCCCUCUUGUCUCCCCCGCCCAACCUGCAGGGACCAGGGCUUUGGUCAGGUGGGCGGAGACGUCCAAUCAGACACCUUCCAGCUCCUCCUCCACCAGGACCGACAGCUGCGCCUCCUGCAGUCUCAGGUGCAGAUGUUGUUGGAAGCUCAGGGGAAGAUUCAGGCCUCCAGUCAGCAGGUGGCACAAAGGAACAUGAACAGUAUCGCUGUGGGGACAGGUUCCAGUCUGUUCUGGAGUGACCCUGUCCAGAAGGCACAGGCUCCACCCCUCUCCCCCUCCUCCUGUAGACGCACCUCACAGGACCUGUCAAUCACUAUGCCUGUGGGCGGGUCUGAGCCUAGUGACAUUAUCACACAUCAGGUGGCUCCCUGUUCCCCCGCUGCUCAGCACAGUGGAUCAUCUUCAUCGUCUCCAGCUGAUUGUCCUCACAGUCCACAGAGUGUGAGCAUGUUGAGAAGAGAAGACGAGGAGGAGGAGCAGCAGAGCUUCUACCACAACCUGAUGACUCAGCUGACCACUCGUCUUCAGGAAUCAGACAGCAGAGAGGAAGUGAAGGAAGAGGAGGAGCCCGGCAGGAGGAGGAGGAGGAGCCUGUCGAUGGUUUCUGACAGCUCUUCCUCUUCAUGGAUGAAGCAACAGAGUCCAGCCGCAGCAGAUACUGUGGUCAGUGCGACGCUGCGUCAGCUGCAGCAGCUCGGAGUGGACAUGGAUGAAGUGACAGAGUCUCAGAGACGAGUCACAGCUGUGGAGAGUGCCGGCACUCUGGCCAGCAUCAGCCCAGCAGCCGUCGUGUCCAGAUUGUCCGUGACUGACCCGAGCGUCACCUCUCUGUUUCUGUCUUCCGGCGCGGGCAGCAGGAGCACCGUUGACCUCAGUCUGGAGGCCAAUGCCAUCGCACUGCGUUACCUCAGCAACUCUCAGCUUAGCAGGUUGUCUCUGGGAGGCCACACCCCCCAGCCAGACCACGCCUCCUCCACUGACUCCCUGCUGUCACCUAGCAACAUGUCUCUGGCCACUAGGAAGUACAUGAGGAGAUACGGUUUGAUCGAGGAGGAGGAGGAGGAGCAGCAGCAGAAGGAGGUCAGAGUUCAGGGGGCAUCACCUCAUCUCCUGUCCCCCGAACCUCUAAGUGCAAAACUCCACCCCCAGAGUCAGCUGAUCAGAGACCUGCGUCCAAAGAUGCAAGUGUUGUCCAGAAACAGCAGAACAACAAACGCCAUAGACAAAGAGAACUGCCUUGAAAGGCGGCCAUCUUUAGUGAGGGCGAGCAGCCACCAAACGGAGGCGUCCAUGGGAAACAUCCUGGACCUGAGUCGACUGAGACAACUGCCCAAACUCUUCUGACCCAACAAACUCCUGUGACAUUAAAUACUCCACAUGUUGAAACAUGCAACUUCUUCAAAGAUCAAACACUUUUUUUUUUAAUAAAUUGUGAUUUUACCGGUGAGACUGAUUUUAAUGGAAUGUGUCUGUGUGUGUUCAUGAUUACACUAAUAAAAGUCUUAAUAAUACUUUUAAA